CUAGACAGCAUGCUCUGAACUCAGUCAUCUUCCGUCCUAUAACUAAAAUGGGAGGGAAACGAAAACGCAAAAACAACACUCAGCAAAAUGCAAAAUCUCCCAAGAGAGCUAGAGGACAACGUACUGUACAUCCGAAGCCAACAAACCAGGGAAAGAACCCCAAGGAACCUGAAAUAUGCCAUCAAGCACAAUCGCUCUUCUUUCAGCUCCCACGAGAGAUUCGAGAAAUGAUAUAUCGAGAGAUCUUCAUCGCGCCAACCACUGUCCACAUCGCCUACGUUGCGGGCAGAAAACGCACGUUCCGCAGCUUUCUCUGCAAGCUUCCAGAAGAGCAACGCAUCGAGAAAGAUCCAGAGAAACGCAACUGCCCACGAUACAAGAUUAAACAUUAUAACUGCUCGCCACGGAUCAAGCGAAACGAUCGUCUACAAGUUGCGUCCUGCCCUAAGCCUGCAGAAAUGCAGUGUACUAGAGCUUUGGCGUUUCUACGAAGCUGCCGGAAAGUAUAUUCCGAGGCAAUCGACAUGCUAUAUCAAGAAAAUGAAUUCUACAUCGAGAAUCCUCGCACCUUACUGGAACUUCCCAAUUAUCUCCCACAAUCUCAACUUCGCCUAUUUCGCCAUUUAUAUCUCGAAUCCCCAGUCUAUGGCGAUUACUCAGCAGAUGACUGUCUUGAACGUUGGGAAGAGGUCGUUGGCGCGCUGAAAAGGCUCGAUAGACUUGAAAGCUUAGUUGUGAUUAUACGGCCUAUGUUCGGACUCACGUGGGAAAGAGAAGGCUUAAUAAAGCCGUUGAAGAAUGCAAACCUUCCAGUUCUAGAUAUAGCCUCCAAGACUCAAGUGCAGAUGAACCCCGUUGGAGGCUUAUGUCCGGGGCUAUGUCCUGUUCAUAAGAGGUCCUCUCUGGUGUCUAACCAGGGGUAGCUGCACGACUCGCCACUCUAGAAUGUUAGCUAUCUCAUUGAAGUUUUCAAAUUUGAAACAGGUCUAGU